UUUCUUGCGCCUGCACUUGAGAAUGCUUUUUUAAAUAUUUUUUCUUUAACAGUUGCUCAAUGAGAUAUUCUUUUUUUCCACUCAAGAACACUGCUCGUUUCUUGUAGAGUUCGAAAGUGCAGCUGUUGUGUUCGUUCUUGAAGUAGGUCUUGCGUAUUUUAUUUAUUUAUUUUCUUCUGUCUGCCUCUGCGUGUUUUGCUUGAUAGCUUAAUUGCUAAUUAUUUUGUGUCUCGAAUUGUUCACGACCAGACGCUCAUCAGUUAAAGACAAAAGCAUCUUUCAAUAAGUAACUUUCAUUGUAUGUGCCAUUUUCAAGAAUUUAAAGUGCUUCAAGUAUUUCAUCCGGAACCUUGAUUUAUGCAUAGUGUAAGUGAAAUUCGGCACACCAUUCAUAAGCAUAAGGAUACGCGAAAAGAAUAUCGAAAAGAGAUGCAUUAAAAGAAAUUCAUUCUGUGUGAUUUGUGUUGGUGACAACGUCAGUUCCGUUGACAUUUAGGUAUCGGUUCGUAUUUGUUGAACAACAUCGCGUGCGCGAGCAGCGAAUUGCAUUUACGUCAAUUUAUCUUUCUAACAUUAGAGUGAAACGUAGAAGUAAACCGGUCGUUCGACUACUGUGCCUUGGAAACCUAUAUCGAACCGUCUUCUCUUUUUUUUAUGGAACAUUUAUCAAAAUUCGCGCUAUUCGCCGUCUUUAUCUAAUAUUGAUGCAUCAUAUUCAAAAGAUUGGCAGCAAUCGAUCGAUGUGCUCUACAUUUUUCUCGCCUACCUCAUUUAUUGCACGCUAGUGAUGGAUUGAAGCCUUUACCUGAAGGUGCUUUGUAUCUUGAUUCUUAUAAAAUACAUCUACUGAAAUCGAAAUAAAGGAGUUCAGUGCAUUGAAAUUUAUGUGAGUUUGACACCAGUUGUGUUUGCUUUCAUCAAAUCUGAAUUUGCUUACUCAACUUAAAUACACUUUUUAAUGUUUUGUAAUAACUAUGGAUCAGAAAUAGAGUUUUUAUUAUGGCUAUUGACUAUGAAGAACCUGACAGUUUUGAAGAAAUCUGCUCACGCUCUCGUUCUGUCUCAGUGCAAUGCGAUGACAAUUUCUUAUAUAUAGAUGAGAACUUGGCUAGGUCCCGGAGUUCUUCCAUAUCUGGUCUUAUAUGGGAAUGGGGUAAAAGACUUCUGGAAUCGGACGCGAAGUCCCUGAACUCCCUGACAUCGGGACAUUCUAGGAAGUCGUCCAGCACUAGCCUUGUAUCGGUGGCUUCCGGUGACAGCAAACAGAGUGCCAAUGCUGAAGAGGAUGGUGAAGAUGUCUGGCAAGUCUGGGGUUCCGUGGUCAACGAAUGGGAAAUGUAUUUUAAGAAAAAGAAUGGAUUCGUAAAGGAUCUGGUACGAAGAGGUAUUCCUAAUCACAUCCGAAAUAUUGUGUGGCAGUUGUUGUGUAAUGCGCAAACUUGCCCUGCACGUGAGCUUUACACAGAUUACCUUAAAAGUACAUCACCAUGCGAGAAAGUCAUUCUCAGGGACAUUGCACGCACAUACCCAGAACAUGAAUUUUUUCGAGAGAAAGAUGGGCCUGGACAAGAAAGUCUGUUCAAUGUUAUGAAAGCCUAUUCACUCCAUGACAGAGAAGUCGGCUAUUGCCAAGGAAGUGCAUUCAUUGUGGGAUUACUUUUAUUACAGAUGCCAGAAGAGGAUGCUUUUACUGUGAUGGUCAGACUAAUGGAAGAUUACAGGUUAAGGGAAAUGUACAAGCCAAGUAUGGCUGAGUUAGGGCUGUGCAUGUAUCAACUGGAAUGUAUUGUUCAGGAACAAAUUCCAGAACUUCAUAUGCACUUUCAAGCUCAGAGUUUUCACACAUCAAUGUACGCUUCAUCUUGGUUUCUGACAUUGUUUACUUCAUCCCUUCCUCUUCAUUUAGCUUGCCGAGUAAUGGACCUUUUCCUGUCUGAGGGUAUGGAAAUGAUUUUUCGUAUUGGAAUUGCUAUUUUGCAGUACUGCAAAGAAGAUUUGCUUCAACAUGAUAUGGAAGGAAUGUUAAGAUAUUUUCAGAAAGAAAUGCCUGCCAAAUGUGAAGCCGAUCCAGAUUACUUGAUUACACUAGCAAUGCAAGUUAAAUACAAUUCUAAAAAAAUGAAAAAGUUAGAAAAAGAUUACACUUCCUAUAAAGCUAAGGAGCAAGAAGAAAUGGUUGAACUUCGAAGAUUAAGAACUGAAAAUAAGCUUUUGAGGCAGAGGAUAGAGAACUUAGAACUGGAGAGUGCCUCGCUGGCCGACCGCUUAGUUCAAGGUCAGGUUACGAGAGCACAGGAAGCUGAGGAUAGUUAUGCCUUGAGGCGAGAACUAGCAUCAUUGAAACAAAAGGAAUUGCUGGCUGAGCAAGAAUUAGAACAAGCUUAUAGGAAGAUUAAAGAACUUACUGAAGCUAAUUCUCAGCAAACAUCAUAUGAUAACCAGACUGAAGAUUUAAUACAAUCCAUGCAACAAGAGUUAAUAUCUGUAAAAUUAAGAGAAGCUGAAAAUCAAGACACUAUGCAGGACCUUUUACAUAGGAUACAUGAGCUGGAAUCUGUAAACAAGUGCUUGAAAGAAGCAUAUCCUGAAAAUACAAUUAUUCAUAUCCAAGAGGAACUUAUUGCUGUUAAGCUCAGAGAAGCUGAAGCUCAACAGUAUAUCAAAGAACUCUUGCAAAAAAUUAAUGAUCUACAGUCUCAGCUUUUUAAAUGUGUUGGUACCUCAUCAAGUCAUGGAAAUGACGAUGCAAAGAGUUCUGAAAAUUGCCUGCGAAAGGGAAAUGUUUCAGAGCUACAACAAAGAAUUAUUUAUUUAGAAAAGAAGCUUAAUGAAAGUGAACUGAAAAACAUGAAGAUGGAACUAGAGCAUAAGAAUGCUGUAUCUGACUACAAAAAGAAAGUUUCUUUAUUAGAGAAUCAGGUGAAAGAACUGGCAGAUAACAAUCAAGCUAAAAUUGCAGCUGAAAGUGAAGAUGUAAAAAUUCUGUGUCGAAGAGUUACUGAGCUUCAAGUCAAAUUGGCAGAGCAGCGGGAACUCAACAAGAAACUAACCUCAGCACUUGAAAAUGGAGAUGCAGAUGCAAACCACAAUACAGAUAAAAGUUUCAAUCACAUCAGUCAUUUCCUGGAAACGCUGAAACAGAGUCGCAGUAAUAUUUCCUCUGAUGAAGGUGAUUUUGAACAAAUCUACAAGCUGCGUCUAACAUCACCAGAAAUGCUCAAGAAUAAGGUCAAUGUCUAGUAAAUGUCUUCCUAAAUUUUUAACCUAUGAAGUGAACAACUGAACGAUACUAACAUAUCAGUUGUUUGAGAGUUAUUUUCCAUUAGUGAAGAUAUCAAUUAAACUUCAUAGGUACAUGUCUUAAGUUGCUGAUGCACUUGAACAAAACUGUAUGUAGUAUAAAUGGCAUUUACAACUUUAACUGCUAUAAUCAAUAACGCAAUAGAAGUGGACAGUACUUCAUAAAGGUGCACAAUCAAUUUUUUUUAAACCUAGCCGUCCACGAGACAAAUAAGGUGGAUACUACACUUCCCAAGAACUAGUGCAUUUAACGCUAAAGAUAAAAUACAUUUUUCAACUAUUUGCAGUUUCAUUUUACUAUAUAUUGCGGAUUAUUUUUCCGUUGGUAUAAUGCUUCAAUGAAAUUAAUUUAUUAAACAAUGUAGCUGAACUGCAUUCUUGCUGCUAUUGGAAAUAAGUUGUUAUACUUGUAUUAGGAACAAAUGUUUAUAACUACUACCUUUUUGUGGCUGUUGUGUACUUUAUCAGUUAAAAGCUAUAAAUAAAAUAUACAAUGAUUAUAUAGUAAUAAAUUAAUUUCCCGUGAAUGGUUUGCAUUUUGCUUGUCUUGAUUCCAUUAUGGUCUAUAAAGCAUAAAUGUUUGUACUAGUCAGUUCCAAAUGAUGAAUGAUAACUUUCUGUAAAUAUCCCAGCAUUUUUAUAGUACUAAUAUGACAUAAUGCAAAGAGCAUAAAAUAUUUAUUAGUAUUGUAUUUUGAGUAUAAAAAAAGUCUCUUGUAAAGAAGAAGUAAUUAGAUUCUUGUUAUUUACAUUGAUUUUGAUUGCACUGGAAUAAGUUCGAAAAAAAUUAAAAUUAAGAAAAGUUUUUAAAAUUGAAACACUACCAAAAACAUGGCAUGUUUUUUACCAACAGCCAAAAAUACUUGAUGAAAAAUUCCUUUUAAGAAUAAAAUAAUAAGUAAUACGAAUUUUCUAAAUUUAUAAAGCACAUUUACAGACUUUUAAUGGGUAUACUUUUUGACAAUUUUUAGAUUAGGGUCUUUAGAAACUUUUAUGCUGUUUUUAAUAAUAAACUAAAUUAUUAAAUGUUAAUUGUUGUGCGUUGGUUAAAACAACUUUCUUCAUUCCAGUCAAAAAGUGUGAUUUUUGUAAUCAUUUGUUGUUUUCUUUGCUGUGUAUUCUGUGGUGCUACGCAACAUAAUCCCAGCCAUGUAUAAAAAAAAAUAAAAUAACUAUAGAGCCAUUUUAGCUUAUUGUAUAUUUUAAUUGCAUGUUAUCUGUCCAUAUUUGCUUUUCAUAAUUAUUUUUACACCAUAAAAUUUUGCAUUUUAGCAUGAAAAAAAGCAAGUUAUUUAAUCAAUGUUCAGAAAAAAUAAGUAGAUUUUUGUCAUUAAAUGUACAAGGUCUAGAAUUGUACUUUGGUUAAGAAUGUGAUUAUUCUCUUCUGUAUUUAUUAUAGCUUUUUAUAUGCACUAGCUGUUUAAGGCAUAGAAUAAAAUUAAAGCUGUAGUUAUAUGAAUUUUAUUCAUGUGCAAAUCAGUUUUUUAAUAUAUUUGAAUGUUUCCUCAAAUAUAAAUAUCCUGUAUAGGGAAAUAUUUAUUUAAUACCCUACAUAUGGGAAAAUUAAUAAAUUUAAGAGUGCUGUAGAAUGAAUGAGGUGCUAUAAGAAACUGACAGAUGCAAGUAUAUACUAUGAAAGAUGUUUAUAUAUGUAAUAUUUUAAAAUGCCAAAUAUGUAAAAUUAUGAACAAAUUAAAAAUAGUUUGCUAAUAUCAUAAAAAUAGUAUAAAAUUAUAUAGUUUAUUAGAAUAUUUUAAUUUAUGAAAUUAUUGUAUAAACAGUGGGACGAGUUGUUAUUUUCAAAAAAUCUCCCCAUUUCUGAAAUUUGUUCUGAUGUGUUAAAAAAUACUGCUUUGAGUCUUGUAAAUAGUGUAAUAUGUAUUAUUAAAUUUAAGUUAAAAUUA